AAGUUUGUAACACGCGUCAUAGCCCGGCUCAGUAUAAACAAAACAAAACCCUAAAGGACACAGGGUACUCUUUCUCUAGCGCAGCCUCCAUUGCCCUCUCCGCUCGAGCCAACAUCCACCACUCAUUCUCCACAAUCCAACGUACAUGGCCCGCCUCGCCAACCUCCUCACUUCCCUUAACCAAACACCCUUCGCCACGAUCCUCACCCCCUGCAUUUCCAACAACAUUAUCGCCCUUCCGAUUCACUGAAAAUCUCACUUCUGCCCCUCCCCCCGUACUCGCUUUUUGCAUCCAGUCCCGCGUCUUUCGAACCUUUAUUUGGGUCGGAUCGACCUGGUAAUCGGAUCCGGGCUUGCUCGCUGUCUGUAGGCGAAGAAAUGGCUACGUUGAAGAGCUAUAGCUUGUGUUCUCCGCGUCCCAACUAUGGGGAUAACUAUAAGAGGAAUGCGAAGUGGAGGUCUCCGCGAGCUGCUGUAAUACCUAAUUUCCAUCUUCCAAUGCGCAGUUUAGAAUCUAAAAAUAGGACAUCAGCAGAGAGUAUAAAGUCUCUUAAAUUGAUAACUGCAAUCAAAACUCCAUACCUACCUGAUGGUAGAUUCGAUCUAGAAGCAUAUGAUGACUUGGUGAACAUGCAGAUUGUCGAUGGUGUUGAAGGUGUUAUUGUCGGUGGCACAACUGGUGAAGGGCAAUUGAUGAGCUGGGAUGAACAUAUAAUGCUUAUUGGCCACACGGUUAACUGUUUUGGUGGAUCUAUCAAGGUAAUUGGAAACACUGGAAGCAAUUCCACAAGGGAAGCAAUUCAUGCCACUGAACAGGGUUUUGCUGUUGGAAUGCAUGCUGCGCUUCACAUUAAUCCUUACUAUGGCAAAACCUCCUUGGAGGGCAUGGUUUCUCACUUCGAAAGUGUUCUAUCCAUGGGCCCUACGAUCAUAUACAAUGUGCCUUCACGGACCGGCCAAGAUAUUCCCCCACGUGUGAUUCACACUAUAGCUGGGAGUGCUAACUUUGCCGGUGUGAAGGAGUGUACUGGAAAUGAUCGGGUUGAACAGUAUACAGAGAAUGGUAUAGUGGUGUGGAGUGGCAAUGAUGAUGAGUGCCAUGAUGCUAGAUGGAGCCAUGGGGCAACUGGGGUGAUAUCUGUUGCUAGCAACUUGGUUCCAGGUUUAAUGCGGGAACUCAUCUUUGGAGGAAAGAACCCUUCACUGAAUGCGAAGCUCAUGCCUCUGAUUAAGUGGCUUUUUCAUGAGCCUAAUCCCAUUGGCUUAAACACGGCUCUCGCUCAACUUGGAGUUGUAAGGCCGGUUUUCAGGCUCCCAUAUGUACCUCUUUCUCUGGCAAAGAGGGUAGAAUUUGUGAAUCUGGUGAACGAAAUUGGCCGGGAGAAUUUUGUUGGAGAAAAAGUUGUUAAGGUUCUCAACAGCGAGGACUUUAUCUUGAUUGACCGGUACUAGUCUGUUUUCCUUGUUCUAGAUUCUUGGUUUGGGUUUUGAAGUACUAGUUUUUGUCUUUUGGAUCUUUUUACCCAUUAUAAAAUCAUAAAUAAAGUUAAUAUGAUGCAUUUAGCA